AUGGAACAAGAUAAGGUUCACCAGGACGACCUCAUCGGCGCGAACUACGACUUGGUGAAGGAGUGGUUUAUCGAACUAGGGGGGGAGGCAACACCAGCUCUAGCAGACUUCCAGGAUGUCCCAGCUGCAGUCCACCAGGAGUCUGAAGAACCCCGAGCUGAGGAUGAUGUUGAUAUGGUGAACCGUGGUCUCUGGGAAUUCCCGGAGGACUUGGAGUGUGACAUGGAGAUAUUGAGCUGGUGUGUGAAUGUGCUAGUGCAUUCCUUUGUCGAGGCCGUGGCUACACCCAUCAAGGCAAGCGCGGCGACAAGCCUAGGUGCAGCUGGUGCCUUUGCAGCUGGUUCCACACCCCCGACUGUCCCGGACAACAAUAGGAUCCCUGAGCUGAUGCCUGUCAAGUUGUGUAUGGACCCAAGCUCAGUGGAAGUUGGUCCCGCUGUCACGCCCAUGAAGUUCCGUGGGGGUUCGAGCCCAGGGGAUGCUGGCUCUUGUGCGGGUUCCACACCCCCCACUGUUCCAUUCGAAGUUGUGCUCCCUACACCUGUGAAGCCUGGUGUGUCCUCGAGCCCUGCACCUGGUGCCACCCCCCCCACCGUUCCAUUCAAUGUCGUGCUCCCAAAUUCAGGGGAUUGUUGGGGGACUCCGGAUGUGGGGAAGUCGCCUGGCCCUUCGACCGCAGAAAGGGAUGCAGAGAAGGACCGCAUGCCAGAGUCUAGGCUGCAAGUUAAGAUUCAGGUGGUCAUGAAUGGGUUCGCAUCCGAGAUCAUGCCUGACCGAAUUCCGAUUGCUGAUCUUCCGGGUUCCCUACUUUGCGCACCCCAACGACGAGCCAAUUUGAUUCCUGACGAUGCUGUGCUGGGGCUACCGAGCUUUCCCAAGUGGAUUCAGAAAGGUGCUGCAGAAGGUGCCAAGGGAGUCCCUGCUCCCCCGUUGAGCCUCAUCUCCGAGCAGAAGGCUGUGGAGACUGUUGUUCCUGACAAGGCAGAAACGGGCAACCAGAAAGCCACAUCCAAAUCCAAGGCUAAGGCCAAGGCCACGGCAAGUGCCGUGACCAAGGCCACAGCCGGGAUCAAGGGCCAGUCCAAGCCAGCAAUGAGCCUGAACUCGAAGCCAAAAGCUUCCAGCAGCAAACCCGGGAGAGAGCAGAGCAAGCAGGCAUACGAGAGCCCAGUCAAAACAAAGCAGCUCGGUGAUGGGGCCACCCCCAACAAGCGAAAGAAAUCCUUCCUAACUAGGUCAGCCAAAAAGCGCGCGGAGCAGCAAGCCCGCAAAGAGCUGGCUGUUGCUAACAUCGCUAUGCUGCAAAGGCUUGGUUUGGAAGGCCUCAGCUUUCCUGAGGAGGACUUUGACAGGCAGUCCUGGACACUCUAUGGUCCCAAAGCAGGGGCAAAAGGUGCGACCAAUCCUGAGGAGACCGGUUCGAUCCAGGUUGUGGCAGGGCGAAAUUUAUUCUACGUUUCGAAAGCACGAAUCCCUGAUGGCCUCGAGCCGGACAACAAGAGCGGUGCAACCGUUGGCUUUAACACGUUCCCGACAGUGGGAUGUGGCCAGGGCAAUGGCUGGCUGGAUUUCCCCUCUUAA